AUGCGCCGCGGCGCCGCAUGGGCGCUGCUGCUGGCCGCAGCCCUGGGGCUCGGGGCUCGCGGGGUGCGCUCUGCGGUGCCCCUCGCCGACUUCUACCCUUUCGGCACGAAGCGCGGCGACGCCGUCACCCCAAAGCAGGACGACGGCGGCUCGGGGCUGCAGCCCCUCUCGGUGCCCUUCCCGUUCUUCGGCGCCGAGCACUCCGGACUCUACGUGAACAAUAACGGGAUCAUCUCCUUCCUGAAGGAGGUUUCUCAGUUCACCCCUGUGGCCUUCCCCAUUGCCAAAGACCGCUGUGUGGUGGCAGCCUUCUGGGCAGAUGUGGACAACCGACGUGCAGGCGACGUCUACUACCGGGAGGCCACUGACCCAGCCACGCUACAGAGAGCCACAGAGGACAUCAGACGGUACUUUCCUGAGCUCCCGGACUUCUCUGCUACCUGGGUUUUUGUUGCCACCUGGUACCGCGUGACCUUCUUUGGAGGCAGCUCCUCUUCCCCCGUCAACACAUUCCAAAUAGUGCUCAUCACCGAUGGCCGGUUCUCCUUCACCAUCUUCAACUACGAGGCCAUCCUGUGGACCACAGGCACACACGCCAGCAGCGGGGGUGAUGCUGAUGGCUUGGGAGGCAUCGCAGCCCAGGCAGGUUUCAACGCAGGUGAUGGGCACCGUUACUUCAACAUCCCUGGGUCACGCACAGCAGACAUGGCUGAGGUGGAGACCACCACCAACGUGGGCGUGCCCGGGCGCUGGGCGUUUAGAAUCGAUGAUGCCCAGGUGCGCGUGGGGGGCUGCGGCCAUACAACCUCUGUGUGCCUGGCCCUGCGUCCGUGCCUCAAUGGCGGCAAGUGUAUCGAUGACUGCGUCACAGGCAACCCCUCCUACACCUGCUCCUGCCUCGCGGGCUUCACAGGGCGGAGAUGCCACCUGGAUGUAAACGAGUGUGCCUCCCACCCAUGCCAAAAUGGUGGGACCUGCACCCACGGUGUCAACAGCUUCAGCUGCCAGUGCCCCGUCGGCUUCAAGGGACUCACCUGUGAAUCAGCCCAGUCUCCCUGUGACAACAAAGUGUGUCAAAAUGGCGGCCAGUGCCAGGCAGAGAGCAGCUCCGCAGCAUGUGUGUGCCAGGCUGGGUAUACUGGGGCCACCUGUGAGACAGAUGUGGAUGAAUGCAGCUCCAACCCAUGCCUGAAUGGAGGAUCAUGCGUUGACCUGGUUGGAAACUACAGCUGUGUUUGUGUGGAGCCCUUCGAGGGACCUCGAUGUGAGACAGGAAGCUACCCAGUGCCUUCCCCCUGCCUCUCCAACCCCUGCCAGAACGGGGGCACCUGUGUGGAUGCGGAUCCGGGAUACGUGUGCGAGUGCCCUGAAGGCUUCAUGGGCUUGGACUGCACAGAGAGAAUCCCCAAUGACUGUGAGUGCCGGAACGGAGGCAGGUGCUUGGGUGCCAACACCACCCUCUGCCAGUGUCCUCCGGGCUUCUUCGGGCUCCUUUGUGAAUUUGAAGUCACAGCCACACCCUGCAACAUGAACACGCAGUGUCCAGACGGAGGCUACUGCAUGGAGUACGGCGGGAGCUACCUCUGCGUCUGCCACACAGACCACAACAUCAGCCACUCUCUGCCGUCACCCUGCGAUUCAGACCCUUGCUUUAAUGGAGGCUCCUGUGAUGCCCACGACGACUCCUACACAUGCGAGUGUCCCCGUGGAUUCCACGGCAGGCACUGCGAGAAAGCCCGGCCACACCUCUGCAGCUCGGGGCCCUGCCGGAAUGGGGGCACAUGCAAAGAAACAGGCAAUGAGUACCACUGCACCUGCCCUUAUCGCUUCACCGGGAGACACUGUGAGAUUGGAAAGCCAGACUCCUGCGCCUCUGGUCCCUGUCACAAUGGUGGCACUUGCUUUCACUACAUUGGCAAAUACAAGUGUGAUUGCCCUCCAGGCUUCUCUGGGCGUCACUGUGAGAUAGCCCCCUCCCCCUGCUUCCGGAGCCCAUGCAUGAAUGGGGGUACCUGUGAGGAUCUAGGAGCAGAUUUCUUCUGCCACUGCCAGCCAGGGUAUACAGGACACCGGUGUCAGGCAGAGGUGGACUGUGGUCGCCCUGAGGAGGUGAAGCAUGCGACUAUGCGCUUCAAUGGGACUCACAUGGGCUCAGUGGCCCUGUACACAUGUGACCGUGGCUUCAGCCUGACUGCUCUCAGCCACAUGCGUGUCUGCCAGCCACAAGGUGUCUGGAGUCAGCCUCCCCAGUGCAUUGAAAUAGAUGAGUGCCGGUCUCAGCCAUGCCUGCAUGGAGGCUCCUGCCAGGACCUCACCGCUGCUUACCAGUGCCUCUGCAGCCCAGGGUAUGAAGGAGUCCACUGUGAGCUAGAGACAGACGAGUGCCAAGCACAGCCCUGUAGAAAUGGAGGCUCCUGCAGGGACCUCCCAGGAGCUUUUAUCUGCCAGUGCCCUGAAGGUUUCACUGGAGUCCACUGCGAAACAGAGGUGGACGCCUGUGCCUCCAGCCCCUGCCAGCACGGAGGCCGGUGUGAGGACGGUGGUGGGGCCUACCUGUGCGUGUGUCCAGAGGGCUUCUUUGGCUACCACUGCGAGACAGUGAGUGACCCCUGCUUCUCUAGCCCCUGUGGGGGCCGCGGCUACUGCUUGGCCAGCAACGGGUCCCACAGCUGUACCUGCAAAGUGGGCUACACAGGCAAGGACUGCACCAAAGAGCUCCUCCCACCAACAGCUCUCAGGGUAGAGAGGGUGGAGGAGAGUGGGGUCUCCAUCUCCUGGAGCCCACCUGAGGGCACCAUGGCCAGACAGGUGCUGGACGGCUACGCGGUCACCUACGCCUCCUCGGACGGAUCCUCCCGGCGCACAGACUUCGUGGACCGGAGCCGCUCCUCUCACCAGCUGCGAGCACUAGCAGCCGGCCGUGCCUACAAUAUCUCUGUUUUCUCCGUCAAACGAAACACCAACAACAAAAAUGACAUCAGCAGGCCCGCAGCGCUGCUCACCCGCACCCGACCCCGCCCUGUGGAAGACUUUGAGGUCACCAACAUUUCAGCCAAUGCCAUCUCAGUGCAGUGGGCUCUCCACAGGAUCCAGCAUGCUACUGUCAGCAGGGUUCGAGUGUCCAUCCUCUACCCUGAGGCCUCAGUGGCCCAGUCCACUGAGGUGGACAGGAGUGUGGACCGACUCACAUUUGGGGACCUGCUGCCAGGAAGAAGAUACACUGUGCGGCUAACCACCCUCAGUGGGCCUGGGGGAGCCGAACACCCCACUGAGAGCCUGGCCUCAGCACCACUGAAUGUGUGGACCCGGCCUUUGCCUCCAGCGAACCUGACUGCCUCUCGAGUCACAGACACCUCUGCCCACAUGGUAUGGGACGCCCCCGCUCCAGGUAUCUCACUGGAGGCUUAUGUCAUCAAUGUGACCACCAGUCAGAGCACCAAGAGCCGCUACAUCCCCAACGGGAAGCUGGUGUCCUACACGGUGCGGGACCUGCUGCCAGGUCGGCGGUACCAGCUCUCAGUUACGGCUGUGCAGAGCACGGAGCAGGGCCAGCUGCACAGCGAGCCUGCCCACCUCUACAUCAUCACCUCCUCCAGGGAUGGCACUGACAGACGUUGGCACCAGGGAGGACACCAUCUACGGAUGCUCAGAAACAGACCGGCCCCUGUGCGCCUUCCAGAGCUGCGCCUGCUCAAUGACCACAGUGCCCCUGAAACACCAACUCAGCCGCCCAGGUUCUCAGAGCUUGUAGACGGAAGAGCAAGAGUGAGUGCCAGGUUUGGUGGCUUACCCAGCAAAUCAGUCAUUGUGAGAUCACAACCCACCACUCCGGUGCCGCUCAAGAACACAGAGGAGGCCCCUGAGCAGGUCCGCCUGGCCCUCCAGCUAUCCAGGAACAGCAGCAAGGACCCAGAAAGUGCCCUUGGUAGCUGUUCAGAAGAUGCCUGUCAGAAUGGAGGCACCUGUGUGCCAGGUGCCAAUGCCCACAGCUGUGACUGCAGACCUGGGUUCAAAGGCAGACACUGUGAGCUUGCCUGUGAAAAAGUGCCUCGCCCCUGCACACGGCUGUUCUCAGAGACAAAGUCGUUUCCUGUCUGGGAAGGAGAUGUCUGCCAUCACGUGUAUAAGAAAGUCUACAAAGUUCACCAGGACAUCUGCUUUAAAGAGCGCUGUGAGAGCACAAGCCUCAGGAAACCCCAAGCAGGAAACAAAGUAACAGUCAAACACUGAAGAAAUCUUAAGGAACACUCUCCUUCAUACCAAGAUCUGUUGAGAACUGGAGACACCAUCACACCCAGCACCUUGAGCACUGAGGUCCUUUACCAGACACUGAUGGCACAGACUCAGCACUGUGCUCUUACAGACCCAACCAGGAAGGCUCCAGAACUCCCUACUAUAGCCUCCCUCUAGAUACAACCUGGUCUGGCCGUGAAUAUGAAUCUGCUUUCAGGUGGAAAUGAGACUUUAAGGGGGAGGGGCAACUCUCUCUCUCUCUCUCUCUCUCUCUCUCUCU